UUGUUUUCGUUGUAAGCGUUUGUGUUUUUUUAUGAAAAAAAACAAUGCAUAAAUUACCAAAAUAAGUAAAAAUUUAAUCAAAUAACAACGAAUUGCAAUAAAGAAACAAAAGAAAAAUGAAAUUAUAUAAAUUAUAUACACACACUAAAUCAUAUAAUGAUGCUGAUCUUUUAAUCAAUAAUAAGGAACACCCCGAUGCUAAGGCGGGUGAUAUUGUUGAGGUAUUUCAUCGUGACGAUGAGGAGAAUACAAGAUUGCUAUUGCAGAUAACAACAUUUACAGAUUUGAAAAAUCGUGAUGUGAUUAGUAUAGAAAGUGGUGUGGCAAAUCAAUUUAAAUUGCGCACCUUUAAUGAUGUUGUUAUGCGUGUGGUCGAUGUGGCUGAUGUUGCUUUAGACUCGAUUGAAAUUACUUUUAAGGAUCAGUAUAUGGGUCGUUCGGAAAUGUGGCGUUUAAAAAAGUAUUUGACUAAUACAUGUGUUUAUGUCAAUAAAAAAAUCGACUACAAUGACAUGCAAAUACGCUGUCAAGUAUACGAGAUGUGGUCACAAGGUGAACGUGUUUCAUGUGGUGUUAUUACCGAAGAUACUAAAAUAGUUUUUCGCAGUAGCACCUCUAUGGUUUAUCUAUUCCUACAAAUGUCUUCGGAAAUGUGGGACUUUGAUAUACAUGGAGAUUUGUAUUUCGAAAAGGCGGUAAACGGUUUUCUCACAGAACUAUUUCACAAAUGGAAAAAACUUGGUUGUAAUCAUGAAGUCACCAUAGUUCUAUUUUCACGCACAUUUUACGCCGCCAAAUCACUGGAUGAAUUUCCCGAUCAUAUGCGUGAAUGUUUACAAAUGGAUUAUAAAGGAAGAUUUUAUGAGGAUUUCUAUCGUGUAGCCAUACAAAAUGAACGUAAUGAUGAUUGGUGUACGGUAUUGGCUCAAUUAAGAAAACUAUUUACUUCUUAUCAAAAAACUGUAUUAAAUUAUCAUGCCCGAGAUGGUGUGAAAAUACCAACGGCUUAUAAUUCGACCGCUGCUCAGGGCAACUUCUUGGAAGUGUUAAAUAUUUCCUUAAAUACAUUUGAAAAACAUUAUCUAGAUCGUACAUUUGAUCGUACGGGACAGCUGUCAGUGGUGGUAACUCCCGGAGUGGGAGUAUUUGAGGUUGAUCGAGAAUUAACUAAUAUAACUAAACAAAGGAUUAUAGAUAAUGGUGUGGGCAGCGAUUUGGUGUGUGUUGGCGAACAGCCAUUGCAUGCUGUUCCUUUAUUGAAAUUUCAUAAUAAAGAUACUUCUCUAACAGCAGCAGAUGAUUACUCUUUACCGCAUUGGAUAAAUUUAAGUUUUUAUUCCACAAAUAAAAAGAUUGCCUAUUCAAAUUUUAUACCACGCAUUAAAUUGCCUCCCAUGAUAGCAAAUGCUCCUAUUAAAAUGGAUACCAAUAGUGAUAAUGAAAAUAAUUUUCUUAGUUGUAAUCAAUCGGAAUAUAUACACAAUUCAUUGUUUGAUUAUGAAGCCUAUGAUGAUCAAAUAUUUCAACCACCACCAGCUCAGGGCACUUGUUCUUUGCAGCGUAUUAUUAGAGCCAAGAAGACCUCAGUGCCCAGUUUAGAAACGUAUGCUUUUCAAAAUAAUGAUUGGGAAAUCUUUACGCCUACUAAAGUGCCCAGUUUAAGACGCAAAAUGUCUGAUCCUGAUAUACAUCAUGGUACAUCGGGCAUUUUGGCUGCCAUGAGUGAUGUUACCAAUCUUUCUGAAUCUUUGGCCUCGGAGAAAAAUGCCAGACGUUCUAUUGUUUCCAUUGCACCCAUAGUAAGGCCAGGAAGGUCACUUAUUAAUCCAUUUGAUCCUUCACAUGUAACGAUAAAAUUGACAUCAAAUCGUCGUCGUUGGACUCAUAUAUUUCCAAAGGGUCCCACUGGAGUACUUAUACAGCAGCAUCAUUAUCAGGCAGUACCAGCAAAACAAAAUUGUAAUCAAUUCAAUAACAAUAAUGACAAUGAUUAUUCAUCGUGUUACAAUUCUAUGGAGUACGAUCAUACAUCAAAUUGUUCAACACUAAGUAAAUCCAUUACAAAUAGCUUAAAUCAUACCGGUGAAACGGAUAAACUUGAAAUUACUAGAAAACGCAACAAUUCUCUACUAAAUACAUCAGCAUUAGUUGCUAACACCUCAACAGCUGCUGUACCAGCUAAGAGUUUUCUCUGGGGUGCUACUGGUGAACAGGAAUGGACUCCGGCCAUUACCACAGUUUGGCAUGUCACAACUAGAUUCUCUGAUAAACAUCAUAUUAUUUUUAACUCACCACAGCAAAGUUAUAUAGCUCGCUCUACGGUUUUAAAAACUGAACGAGCAGGUGGACGUAUUAUACAUCCGGCAGCUGAUGCUGCCGCAAUUGCCUUAAAUUCGGAGCUGAAUCAGCAUGAUGACUAUGAUGAGGGAUCAUCUACUGAAAUUAAAUUACGCCCCAAUGCUUCGAUCAAUGAAAUUUUUGAAGCUAUGAAACAUCCUGUUAAUGGCGUUGCCUUCAUUUCACAAACCCAAAGUCUGCCUUCGUAUACAUUUGUAUCGUUUGAUGCCCUAAUGUGGCUUAAAAAUAAUUUGGAUAACUCACGUAAUCCUUUGGAAAUUUUAGAGGCCAUGCGCAAAGAGAAACUUAUAUGUCAUGCCUCGGGUGAUUUUAAUAAACCGGUAAUAGCGGGCUUUUACUUAUAUUUUAUAGCUCAACAAGAUAAAAAUGUUAAAGACUACAUUCGUCCUCUUAACGAUUUAAGUGCCUUUGAGAAUGAAUGGAUGGAAAUUGAAUUAUUGGGCAGCAAUAGUUUAUGGAAUGAUGAAGCAAAUUUACCGCAUAUACCGAAUUUUCUAAAAGAUAUACCACCACCACAAUCCUGGACAGAUUGUUGUAAAAAUCAAAAAAUCUAUCGUCAUUCACAUUUGGAAAUUGAUGUCAAUCAAAAGAGUGAACGUAUGGAGUGGGGUCACGUUAAAUAUCACACUGUUAUGCAAACAGGUUUUGCAUUCGAGAUUGUAGUACAGUGGGUUACGUCGUCGGGGCCAAUAGUAUGGGAUUUGAUUAAUGGCUGGAUACGCAAAGCCAACCAGUGUAAUUACCAAUUAGUACCAGUACCCGCUGAUCCUAUGGCUGAACCAUUUACCGAGAAAUCUGAUCCUCUAAGAGGACCCAUAUUUAUACCCUUGGCUACUCAGCAUUUAAAUAAUGGAGUGAAUUUGUUUGAAGAAUUUGCGGAAGAAACUAGAGCCGAUCGUAUGUUGUUAUUCCAAGAAGCUAUAUUAGCACGUUUUGGAUUUUUACCCUGUGUUGUGGAAAAGAAAUUUACUUUUAACAAAGAUAUCCCAAAAGAAUAUCAAUAUGUUCAUUGUUCUGGAAAUAUGUUUGCUCUUAUACGCUGUUCUAAAAAUACAAAUUAUCAAAUGGAUUCUCCAAGUCGACAAGAAGCCAAUGUUACACGUUGUGUUUAUGGUCAUACUAAUAAUACCAAUGUUCCUAAAAAGAUUGGUUUCUUAUGGGCCUGGAAUCACAUGAUACCAAAUAAAAAAUGGAAAUCUCUUCUCAUUAACAAUUCAUCUGAUGGUGAAUUAUUUCAAUUGAAAAUGCUUAAAGAUUUUCGUGAAUUUUGUUCAAAUAUUGAUAAUCGUUUAGUUAAAUUUUGGAAUCAUUGUCAUGAUUUAAAACGUGCUUCUUUAAAUAAUAUUGAAAAUAUAAAUAACAAUAAUAAUAAUAUUGAUAAUAAAACAUUAUUAGUUUUAAGUUAAAUUGAAAAAAAUGGAUUAUUAUUUGUAUAUUAAUAAUACUCUAUA